UGUCAUGAGUCGUGUCGUGGUGGUUGCUCCGGUGAUGGGCCGAAGAACUGCAAAGAUUGCAGUGCUGGUUGGCUGAUGAACGACAGCCAUGAAUGUGAAGAUGUGGACGAAUGUCUUGAGGAGGGACGAUGCGGCGGUGAGCAUUCAAAGUGCAUCAAUACGGAAGGCUCGUACGAUUGUACAUGUGAAGAAGGCUUCGUCAAGAACUCCAAUGGCGCUUGUGACAUUGAUGUUCGAGGUAAAUUUCAUUUCGUGCUGCAUUAG